AUGGGGACGCGCAGGCUCAACGGUCCGGUGGUGUUCCACGCGGUGUUGCUGCUCAGCGCUCUCGUCGCAGCGCGCGCGCAGUACAAUCCGGCGGCCGCGCUAAAACAGAUUGAGGCUGCUCUUAAGAGGAAGAAAAUGACGACGACGAUUACGUACAUGAGGGAAUGCGGAUUCAACGACACUCUAGUACAGAAGCUGCCUACAUCGCACGCGACGCUACUCCUGCCGAUGAACACGGGGUGGAACAAGCUCAGCGCGUACACGCGAAACCUGAUCCGCAAGGACUCCAAAAAGAUGUGGCAGGUGUUCGCGUAUCACAUGCUGGCGGGCCGUUACAUGUACAAGGAGCUCGCGAAAAUCCCCUUUAACACGCUGAUUGUGACCGGCCAUGGGGAUUUCAAGGUCCGCCGUUUUCCUACAAAGGUCCCUCAGUUUGGGAAGCCGGGUACGCAUGGUGGUGCUUAUGUCAAGGUGAACAAUGUGUAUCAAGACCCUCACGUGGCAAUCCAUGGGGUCAACAAUGUCAUGAUCCCUACAUUCACUGAGUAG